GCCGGGACGCGCCCCUGGCGGCCGUUAAAAAUGGCGACCGUCACCGAGCUGAAGGCUGUUUUAAAGGACACCUUGGAAAAAAGAGGAGUCUUAGGGCAUUUAAAAGCGAGAAUUCGAGCCGAAGUUUUCAAAGCCCUAGAUGAUGAAAGUGAACCCCGACCAACAUUGUCUCAUGAAAACCUUCUUAUUAAUGAAUUAAUCCGGGAGUAUUUGGAAUUCAACAAAUAUAAGUAUACAUCGUCUGUUCUCAUAGCAGAAUCUGGUCAACCUGUAGUUCCACUGGACCGGCAGUUUCUCAUCCGAGAACUAAAUGCAUUUGAAGAAUCAAAGGAUAAUACAAUACCUCUUUUAUAUGGGAUUUUAGCUCACUUCUUGCAUGGAACUAAGGAUGGCAUCCAACAUACAUUUCUGAAAGGAUCUUCACUUCAGCCUCUAAACGCAAAUCCUGGUAGACAACCUACUGGAAGAGAGCAAAUGGAUGACCAUCUAAUAAAAGAGAAGGGGAAAAAUACUAAUAUUGAAGAUCUUCAUAUUUCUCAAAACGUGAAGAGAUGACAUUUCCAUUUGGGGCAUCUUUUAUCUUAAAAUUAUCAUUUUGGCUUCUACUGGAAGAUUUAAUUAAAAUCUAGAGGGGGAACUAAUUCUUUUAAUUUUGCUGUAAGUAAAACAAAGAGUUUAUUUGAUUACAUGAAGAAUGUGGAAUCAGCAUGAAGAGACAGGCUUUAGGAGAAAACCAGAAAGUACCUUUUAAAAGAUGGCAUUGUCUAACCUCCAUGUGGCCUUCAGUUGUGCAAUUAUAAGACGAGCUAUGAAAGGGCCAACCCCUAAUUAUUUGGGCUCUGAAAGUCUUAUUAAAUGUCAAUUUUUAUUCUUCGGAUAGAAAAACAGUAAGAGCUAUCCUAGUGCUAUUUCUAAAAUGCUGCUUUGAUAUUUAUUAAGAUAUUUUUAUAAUGUGGAAUCUACAGAUUGAUUUCACUGAAAUCUGUUACAGUAGACAGCACCUGACUGGCAAAAGUCAUUGAUAUAUUCAGAGCACAACUGCAUUGUCACUGUAUACUGACAACAUUUAGCUUAAACAUCUCCCACAGGGAAAGUGAUAAGGGCUUAUUUGGCAAAAUUGGCCUCUGGAAAUUAUUGAAACUUCAUAAUAUAUUUGGUACUAGUCAGUGUUUAGUCCUUACAGAUUAACCAGGAAUUUUUAUCUGAAUACAGAAAAUUAUUAAAGAAAUCCCCUUAAACCAUACAAGUCAAAGGAUUUUAAGAAUCCCUAUUGGUGGCCUAAAGUUACAUAUAUAGGUAUAGAAAUACUGUAAGGUCAUUUCAAUUUUUUAAAAAUAUGUUUUUAUUGAUUUUUAGUUAGAGGGGAAGGGAGAGA